CGCCCCCCUACCCCCCACACCAGCAUCCGGUUCCGGUUAGAAGUCUGCGCGCGCGUGCGCGCUCACUGUCCCCCCCCAACAUGGCGGCUGUCUCUCUUGCCUCGUCCACCACCUCCACCACAACAACAACAACAACCUCAACAACAACCUCCUCAUCAUCGUCCACCUCGUCAACAUCGUCCACCACAUCAUCAUCGUCGUCGUCUACGGCGGCGGCUGCGGGAGCUGCGGAUAUGGCGGCUGUGGCGGGAGACUCCGCGUCUCCUGCUGGGCCUACGAGUGGUGGUGGAGGUGGUGGAGGUGGAGGUGGUGGUGGAGGAGGAGAGGUGGAGACUAGGGUGGACGUCGGAGGAGUCUAUCUGUGUCGGAGGGCUGACGGGGCCUGGCACUCGGCGGAGGUGAUCCAGAAGCGAGUGAAUGAGCAGGAGGAGAGGGACGAGUUUUACGUCCACUACGUGGGAUUCAACCGCCGUCUGGACGAGUGGGUGGGCAAGGACCGUCUGGCGCUCACCCAGACGCUGAAGGAGGCCGCGCAGCAGAAGAGCGGCGCCGGUGGUGCCGGUGGUGCCGGUGGUGCCGGUGGUGCCGGCGGUGCCGGCGGUGCCGGUGGUGCCGGUGGUGCCGGUGGCGAGCGCCAGCCGGGGGAGCGCUCCGAGCCGGCGGGAGAGCGGAAGAUCACCCGCAACCAGAAGCGCAAGCACGACGAGAUCAACCACGUGCAGAAGACCUACGCCGAGAUGGACCCCACGACAGCCGCCUUGGAGAAAGAGCAUGAAGCGAUCACCAAGGUGAAGUACGUGGACAAGAUCCAGGUUGGCCGCUACGAGAUAGACGCGUGGUAUUUCUCUCCGUUUCCCGACGAGUACGGGAAACAGCCGCGUCUGUGGGUGUGCGAGUUCUGCCUCAAGUACAUGAAGCUGGAGACCAGCUACCGCAUGCACCUG